AAAAAUAAAAUAAAAUUUAAUUUUGUGAUUUUAUUUAAACCACAAAAAAAAAAUUUAAAAAACGGAAGCACAAAUUUCGCGCCAACGGCUGCGAUUAGACAACUUACCUGCUUACAUGCUUGCUUGCUUACAAAAUCAUAUUAAAGCUGGUGGACAACAACAAUAUAAAAGUAAAUAAAUCAUCUGCAGCAGCGACAGUUGCUUUGGUUUUUUGUUGUUGCGUGAAUCAUUCGAAAGCAAUCACCUGACCGCCAAGCUGCCAAAAUAGCCCCAACAAGUAACAACAACAACGACAACAACGACAACAAGAACAACUGCAAACACUUGCAUUGUUAUUAUUGUUAUUGCAGCAGCACUCGUUCAAAGCAUUCAAAGCCCACAACACACCAGCUUAUUUAGAAAAACCGGUUAACGGCGAGUGCCGUACAGUGCGGCUUGCUCAUGCGCUUUGUUGUGUUGUUGGCGUAUACGCCGUUUUUCGAACAUCACAUCGUCGAAACUGGUUACGUCUUGGGCUAACAAUUUGUGGACCGGUUCGGCGAGUUUUCUGGUGACUGGUUUUUGUUUUUUUUUUAACUCUAACGACAUUGGGUUGUUGAGUGUUCUGGUUUUAUUUACAUAUGUACAUACAUACACAUACUGGUAUGUACAUACAUACAUACAUAUGUAUGUUUAUAACUACAUACCCACUUUAAACGGGGAACGUUUGAGCGGUUUAUUUUACGCUAAAAACAGGCUUUCGCAUUUAUCAUUACAGUUUCAGCCGUCGAACAUGGCUAAGGAUACAGCUGCAUUUAAGGACAAGUCGAUAGCGGAAAUAAGCAGGAAAAAGAUCAGCUGUUAUCGGUAACGGUUUCCAAAAGUCGCGUAAUCCAAGAAAAAAAAUUUGCAGCGGUGAAAUUUAAAUUGUAUCAAAAGUAAAUAAAAGAAAAACCAGCAUGCCAACUAUAAGACGCUGCUGUAUUGUUGGAUGUCUUUCAAAUUCACGCCAAAGUCCACAACUACAGUUCUUCCAAUUCCCGCGCCCGGAAAAUCCGUUUUUUAAUCUAUGGAAGCAAGCCUGCCAUGCUUCCCUGAGCCGCAUUCUACCAUUCAAGAAGCCCGUUGUUUGUGCACUUCACUUCCAUCCUAACCUUAUAGGCGGACGUAGACUAACAUCUUCGGCAGUACCAUCUCUGCGUCUAGACGUUCCCAAUGAUUUGAAAGCCGUUGAACAGCAAGCUAUGGUAGAGGAAAUUGAACGCAGCCGUAAGUGCGCAUAUAUAAAUGCCGUCGUCUAUGAGUGGUUAGUACGUGCUAAUCUAAAUCCUCAGCUACGUGGUUCCAUAACGCAUGGUAUGAUUAAGGAAAAGGCUGCUUCAGCGGGACAGCUUAUUGGCUCGACAUCGUUCGUGGCUGACAAUCGUUGGCUCAAUCGCUUCCGUGAAACACACUUAACUGGUUUUGCACAAAAAUUGGCCAAUAAUCAGUUAAAACCGCUAGGAGUAUCUCUCUGGAUUCCAGAUAUUGUACAAGACCUCCAACAUCUAUUUCCACCUACGAGCGCUGAGCGUGUUGCCAAAUUAGAAAGUUUACCGGAACAUUAUAUGAACUACAUGCAACAGUAUGGUGAAUAUGAAGAGGAUGAUGAUCAAGAUUCGCAGGGUCAGUCCUUGAAGGAGCAACAACAAAGUCACGCCGGUUAUGACGCUUACGGUCAACCGCUGCCGAAUUAUAAUAAUGGCAGUUAUGAUGGGUAUGAAGGCUAUUACGAUCGACAGAAUCAACAUAACAGCUAUAACUCGCCACAACCCUCACGACCAGCCUCACACUCACCUCCACAGCAGCAGCUGCAAAAAUUAGCCUCUCCAGCGCAUCGUGCCAGCCCAAUACAACAGCCACCUACAAAACGAGCACGUUCAGAGGAUGACGAAGUCACGGAAAUACCGAAUGGUAACAAUGUGACUGAUUUGACGAGUGAUUGCGAAACAAACGAGUGCGAUAUAAAACCCAUAAAACUGGUUAAUGGCAAGAACACACCUAACGGCAGUAGUGGGCAUACACCAGCGCCUUCACCGAAACCUGUCACAAACGGCAAUGGCAGCACGAAUGGUGUUAAUAAAGGUGCGGAAACGGACCUUACAUCUUAUACACAAGCUCUCGAAUAUCUUAAACCUUUGGAAGACUUUGCACUUUCAAUGGAAAACUUCCGCGCCAUAGGAUUAAUCUCACAAUUGGAGACCAUAUUAAGAAAGGGUGAAAAUAGGCGGUUAGCUGCUACCCAGUAACAUUUCUACGACGAGAUAAUAACAGGACUUUAUGUCUUAUUCCUUCAGGCUGAUGUGAUUUACUUGUGUAAAUAAUUUUUAGAAAGUUCUAGUAUUAUUAGACUCUAUGUGCUAACAUAACCGUUAUUGAUGCACCCUUAUCUUUUUCUUUAAUUACUCUAUUUAGCAAUAAAAAACUACUAUAUAGUACUUAGAAGUCAGUCAAUGGGAAAAUUAAAAUAAAAAAACGGUGACAAAGACAUUGUUAAUAUAUUAUUUAUUAUAUGGUAUAAUUUUGACUGUAAAAAUAAAUAAAAGGAUAGGUACAGCUGUCCUCUUAAAACAACUUAAAAAUAUGUGG